AUGCAGACGCCAGGCGCGUCUGCCAACGCGACAUCCUUCUUGCCGUCGCCAGCAGACUUGCUCAUGGCAUUACCGCGCCUCUUCUCCAAGGCUAGUGCUCUCGGCGACAUGAUGCGCUCGGGUGGAAGCGUUAUCGCGGAACCUACGGCCAAUAUGACAAACAGCACUAUGACGACUACAGGCGCGGGAUUUGUACAGGAAUCCAUCGCUGCAGCAGCUUCUGCGAUUUCGACCGAGGGCGAGAUGACUGUGUGGCAAGCUUUGAGGAACGUAGCCGCCUGGUUCAGCUACAUCACCUCCAAAUGGGCCGUCGCAACAUUCGCCCUGGCAAUCGUGCUUAACAGAACCCACUUCUACGCCAACAGCCGCGUUCCACUUUCCUUCGACCGCCUCUACCUCCGUUUCGCCCUCUACAUCAUGCCCUUGAUCCUCUUCCUCUAUCAGACGCAGAACACUCUACGGGCGAUACGCUGUCAAACCUCCCCCGGUUGGUCAGAGAUGCAGUACGGAGCGGAUGGUAGGCAGCUGGAUACAGACUUCGGUGGCGAAGGCGGCUUUCUAUGGCAGGUCACGUCAAAGAUACUCUUCUGGGAGACCACAGAGAGCUCAUGUCGAGCUGCGAAUAUGUUGCCCAUCGGUCCGGCGACCACGCGGCCUUCUGGAUCGCUAUCGCUUCUAUGGCCCAUGUUUGUGACCCUUGGAUUUGGCCAGUUCGUCGAUACCUUGGCUUGCGCCCUGCAAGGAAGACGCCCGAUUCAGGAAGUCGGUAUGACCGUCUUCGAACAUUCGCUCGCAUUUGCAGAAGCUGAGGCUGUCGUUACGAAGCCGCUAGCGGUCGAUUCCGUACGCUUCUUCAAACCGAAGUCUGUCUUCACUCCAGAUGGCACAUCCUUCACGAUUCCGAGGUCGAAGCUCUCCAAGAUCGCCAAUGUACCACCAGAAGUGCUGUUGAUUUCCCUCAUCUCUAGUUUCAGCCACUUCAUGAGCAACUUGUUGGCGAUCGCUGGAGUGCGCUCCAGAUGGCGACUCGUCACGACAACAAUCUGCGGACUUGCCUACAUGUCAGCUUUCGCAUGGAGCUGUGUUCGUCUGGCAACCAUGGUCACUGAUCCAGACCACUAUGUGGGAAUCUUGAGAUUUCCUACUGUAUGCAUAAUUGGAUUCAUCCCACACUUGCUGAUACUUGUGGGUAUCGCGAUAUGCGCACUAAUCUACCUGCUGGCCUUCAUCAUCACCGUACUUUCUCCACCUGCAGGACACGCCGACAACUUGUCUCUGAGGGAGAGAUUUGCAUCCGCCUACGGCAAUCUUCAUGCCAACAUUCAUCUUUCUUCGAUUACGCCUUUGACUAUUAAUUGGCACGAAGACUUCUAUACUACUAUACUCAAGGUAGGCUACGUCAUUUUGACAUCCGCCAGUGAAGCCGUGUUUCUCAACGAAGGGACUAAGGUCAAUGUGCACCCAAUGACCUGGCUCGAAAAGCAGAGACUGCAGGAACUGCUUGCUCGGCGAAGAAGAACACGAGAGAUGAUCACCGACAUCCCGUCCGAGCUCAGGAACGACACAUUCGCGCAAGGCAUCGAGGUAGUUGACGAACUCAACGAUGUCAGAACGGAUACAUCACUGUCAGGUUAUGCAAAAGAACGUAAAACGCGAGGAGUACAGGCAUCCGCUGAACCAGCCAUUGGACAGAAUGAUCCUGCGAUUCAACAACGUAGUCGCUACUUGCAGACCUACCAGUUCUUCUUCCGUAUAUCAAAGUUGAUUAUACUUAGUCUCGCAAGGAUCACGGACUGGGCGUUAACUAAAAUCUCGAUUAGCUAUCGACCAAGAUGGCUCCAACGCGCUGUUGGGUUCCACGCUGAUCAUGUUGAUAAGAUGUAUGCUCCGCGACACCCCGAUCAAGCGUUGGCAAGAGAGUCAUGGCUUACCACAGAUGACCGGUCUCGAAUCCGCCAGGACCGGAAUUUUGACGUCGAAGUCUUUGCGAAAGAGAGGCUUCGACAGAGUGGGUUCUAUUCGGGACCCAACGGGGCAGAUUCUGAAGAACGUCUUGACGACUACCUGUACUCCUGGUGGCGCAACGGUAGCCUAUGGAAUGACGUUGACAACACCAGAGACUAUGUUGAUUCGCAAGAUGAUGACACGACUAGUGUAGUAUCAUUUGCUACCACAACAGACAACGACGAGUGGUCAGACAUGGACGACGGUCAAAGAACACCUACGCGUGCGACUUACCAGAGAAGUCGGGAAGCAACACCCAUUCCUGACGACGCAAUGGACUUCUCGAGACUGUCUCAACUUCUGGAUCCGAAAUCUAGUGAGGAUCGUGAAGAAGCCAAGCUGCUGUCUCGCCACCUCCAGAGCUCCAAUAUCAUGACACGCUCGCAGUACCGCAAAGCUCUUGAGCGCGAAGAGGCGAAGAUCCUCACAACAUCACGCUACAAGAUGAGCGGUGGCGGCGUCAACAUGUCGCCCGAAGAAGAAGAGCAACUUCUGGAAGAUCUUAUUCUCAGUCGUCGGAGCGCACCAGCGCCACAAGGCGCAAGUACAGCUGGAAGCUGGGACUCGGGUGCAGAAGAUGUCGCCAAGGACAGUACUGGUGUGGCCAUGUGGGUGCUUGAGCCUGUGCGACGACUGUCGGGUGGGGUUGGCUUCGAAGAACUAUACGGCAUGUGUAUGUUGCAGGACUAA